AUGUCUGUUGCUUGUUUUGAUCUUUUUAACACAGAUGAUCACAUUGAUAGAGUCUACAAAGAAUUGAAGGAGGUGUGUUUCAUUUUUACUAUAAUGUAUAUAAAAAUUGUUUUAUUACUCUACAUGUAUGUACAAUUUCAGCUUUGAAUAGCUGGAUGCCCACAGUGGCGAGUGGGCCGAUACAUUUAAACCUAAGUUAAGAUGCUGUCUUCAGUUAGUGAUUUGUAUAAAACACUGCACAAUAAAACUGUUCAUUCAUUCAUUAAUUUUGUUUAUUCAUUUAUUUUGCCAUUAACCACAUAUGAAUACAACAAAAAUAUACAAGAAAUUUGUAAUACAUUAAAGAUGAUAUAAAACUAUUCUAAAUAAAUUAUUUACAAAAUUAAAAUUAUGUUUAAAGUAGUAAUGACAAGGAAAACUAUAUAGAAGCUCGGGGCUUAUACAAUAUUGGGUUCCUGGAAUUAUAGGACACACCAUGUGAGUUAAGGGUACUGCAUGAAAAAGGGAUUAUUCUUUAAAAGAAAAGAAAAAGAAAAAAAAGUUAUGUAGCUUACCAAUGAGUAUAUUUGACUAAAGAAAGAAGGAAUCUUUUUACGUCUAUUGCUAAACAAACGUUCACUGUUUUGAAUUUCACGACUUAGCGAGUUGAAAAACUUAGUACCUAUGACAAUAAAGGGCUUCUAGCAAAAAACAAAAAUUCCCUAGGCUGCAUGCAGACUUCAUGCAGGCAUGUGGAAAAAAGACUUUUCCAUGUACAACAAAGGAGAUAGAAGAUGUCUGCAUCCAGGCUUCAAACAUCCACACAGAUUUUUUGAGGAUGAUGUCCUUAUUUUUUGAGAAAUUGUGGAACAAUGGGCCUGGAAUUUUUUCCUAGUAAUAUCUAUACAUCAUCAAGAGAAAAUGCUAUGAGAAUUUAAUAAUAAAAUGAUCAGUUUAUAAAAAGAAAUGCUCUGAUCUUUCCUUUAACUGUCUCAACUAAUUCUUUAAGAAAAUGUAUGGAGAUCAGUCUGCGUAAUUUGUAUGUGGAUAUGUGGGGCUCAGAAGGGUAAAACGAACAGUGCUCCUCCACUGCUGGGAAGACUAAAAGUAGAAUUUCCCAGCAAAUAGUUUCUGCAAGAAGCAUGUAAGUUUAAUUGUAAUUUGUUUACCCACAGAGAGCACUUACUGUAGCAGGAACUCUUAAGAACUCACUGAAAUGUGUCUGCAUUCCAGAUCGAAUUGCAAUUUGGAAGUGUUGGGUUUUGAGGAGAGAGGAAAACCGGAGUACCUGGAGAAAAACCUCUUGUAGGAAGGGAGAGAACCAACAACAAACUCAACCCACACAUGGCUUCAAUGCCAGGAUUCGAACCCGGGCCACACUGGUGGGAGGCAUUAAGUGCCCUCACCACUGCGCCACCCUUGCCCCCAUGUUGUCUAAUAUCAAUGAGAAAAAAAAUAAUAUCAAAAAUACAAUUCAAAUGUAGUUGCAGUUACACUAAGCAUUUUACCCUUUGGGGAAUUACCCAUAGGGAUGUAAUUUUUUUAAGGGUAAAAAUGAUUGGAAACAUUUCACUCUAUUAGUCAGUCUUAAAUAUAUGAUCAAAACUCAGGUCACCCGACUCAAGCUAUUUCCCAAAGGGUAGCCCUGAAAUAAUCUAGUGUAACCACACUUAAUAUUAAAAAAUCUUAAAUAACACACUCGUGCUAUCAAAUCUUCAUACGUCUAACAAUAAUGGUCUACCACCUUGUUGAUUUCACCUUGGCACUUCCUGUGGAAACAAAAUAGGAGAUCUGUGCUUUAGAUAGGAAGAUCCUCUACUUUCCACAAAUGCCACUUGGAACUAAGGAGAGAGUGGGCUGAUUUAGCAACAGGACAGGAACGUCAGUUGACGACAGGAAAGCGCGCAGAAAGGACUAAACACGACUUACGACUUUGCUGCUCUGCCAUUGGUCAAGCCAGUUGUUUGAUUUGCGCGCACUGUCGUCAACUGCUGUUCGCAUUCUGUUGCUAAAUCAACCUAGUGUGCACUUUUUCAAGGACAUAUAGGCUAAUCAGUUUUUUUCCUUUUCCAUGUAGCUGGGAUAUAAAGAUGGAGACCCCUUAAAAGUGGAGGAUGUUUGCAAGUUUGAUCAAAUGCAUUAUUAUGGCACACAAGCCAUUGAUGAAGCUGUGCAAGCAUUAGGAAUAAAGUAAAUAAUAAUAUCUUACUGUAAUUCUCCUCAGAGCUAACCUUACCUUACUGUCCGCUAUUUUGCCACUUAACAUUUUAAAAGGCACAUAAAUAUAAAAUUAAUGCUGCUUUGUAAGUGGCUUUGGGAGGGCUUAGGAAGGGAGGGGCUUAUAAUCCCAGGGAGCUUUUAAUUGGAAUAGAAAAAAUGCUUCAAAACAAGCUACAGUACAUUUGUAGUGCUGACCAAAAUACAUUAUUUUUGCAUCAAUCCGUUUUUAAUUAUCUUUCAAAAAAAAUAUUCAGUCAAAUUCAUUACAUAUGGAGGGGCCCCUUGGAUCAGCGGGUUUAAAAUCUAAUCAAUUUCUUUGUGUAUCAGGUAGAUGGGACUAUAACUGGGGUGGGGGGUUUAUGACCAGCAGUUUACUGUCUAGUAACUUCUUGUGAUGUUUAAUUUUAAAUGCUCAACCUACUUAUGAAAUGAGUUCAAACCUGGGCAAUGUUGGUGGAUGACAGGGGCUCUCACCAUGGUAACACAACACCUGCUCAGUGCCAGAACUCGCACAGCUGUUGUUACUUAAGUUCCUUUAUUUUCAAGCUGCCUGUAACCUGCUUAAUCUAGAGUCUUAUUUUCUGGUAUCUGAGCGACCAAAAGAGCCUUGCAACUACAUGUAAUUUACAACACCAAUAACAUUUAUUUUAUUAUCCUUUUAAGCUCAAACCACCAUGUUCUUGACGUAGGCUCAGGGCUUGGGGGACCUGCGCGCUACCUAGCUCAUAAAACAGGCUGCCUUGUUACAGCAAUUGAGCUUCAAGAUGAUCUUCACAAAGAAGCUGAAAAUCUCACUCAGAGAUGUAACCUACAGCAGAAGUUAAAGCAUAUCACUGGAGAUUUCCUUCAAAUGGAUGUGGGUGGGUAUAGCUAUCAAGCGAGAGUUUUUCUGCUGAUAUCUCGACGUGCCCUUGAAUACCCUACCCAGCUAUCUUCCCUUGAGUCUUCUAGUCUUUCCGUGAGGUUUAUAACUAGAUGAUUUAUCGGUCUGAGACUGUUUAUGUGUCUCUGGUACAAGUUUGGCCAUUGAGCAGGAGGUGAUGGCUUAGUUUAGACUGUGAAAAAAGUUCCUCAUCCUCAGCACUACAGUUUACAAUGAGACUCACUCCCUGUAACCCACAUCUUGAGUACACCUUUCAUAUGUUAUAGUGACAUCAUCCCACAUGUUUAAGCUGCAUACUGAUGACAAAUCACUUCCCAGAUCUGGGCAGUGCUUUAGAGAUGAAGCAAUUUUUUAACCAGUCAGAAGCUCUAUCCAGAUCUGGGCAGUAACGCAUCAUCAGUAUUGAAUUUCCGCACUUGUUCCUCAGAUGUCAUUUCGGGGAGAAACCAGUGGUGGCAUCGCAAUGUCAGCUGUUUUGUCAGACUAAAUUGAUUUAGAAUUGGCUUGAACACAGCAAAAAAUAAUAGAUUCCCAUUUUUGGAUAUUUUAGGGUAUUUAAAGCAUACCCACAAAAAUUCCAAUUUGGAAGAGUGAGACAAGCCCCAAUCAGGGAACUUGGUUGGGAAUUCCCUGGUUGGGACUUGUCUCACUUUGCCAAAUUUUGUAUUUUUAUGGGUAUUCUUUAAAUACCCUAAAAUAUCCAAAAAUGGGAAUCUGUUAUUUUUUCCUGUGGAAUAGUUUCUUGGAAAGGUAGAAUUAAUUUAUGGUAGAAGAUCUGGAGAACCUGGUAGAUAAUUGUUUAUUAAACCAGAUUAGCCAUUGAGAGAAAACAAUGAAUGGUUAGUAAUGAUUCAAGGCAACAGCUGGGAACAUUCCAUUUUAAAGUGGAAAUGUAAGUCAUGGUGUUUUUGUUCUAACUGUUCAAACAUGAUAUAUGUACCUCUACAUGUCAUUCUGUUUUACUUUCAGGAGAUGGAAAAUUUGAUUUUCUUGUAUCAUGGCUGGUGUUUCUGCAUAUUGAAGAUAAAAAUACAUUGCUAGAACGAUGUUUUAAUUCCUUGAAGCCUGGUGGAAAAAUGUAAGAUUUUCCUGAAUUUGUAUGUUUCUCUGUUGUCUCUUCUUGCCACUAUGUUUCGUUAUUAGUUGCCAAGAAAUUAAUUCCUUAAAUUAAGGGGAUUGACUCAAUAGAAUUUGCCCUUUUAAAGGAGUUCAAGGAUAUCAGCCCAAAGAGUUAUGCGUUCUUUUAUCUCCAUGCCUUUGGAGGUAUUUCAGUUGAUUAGAUCUUGCACUCAAUUCCUCACCAUUUUUUCGGAUUUCAAAGAGAUGUAGGGACUCUGGGACAGGUCCUCUUUUUACUUCCAUGGUUUUAGACCUACAAUAAGGAACAUUUUGCAUUUCAAGGUACACUGCUGAUAAAACAUCAUUUUGCCGACAAGGUUUAGGGAGUUAUAGGGGCUGUUUCCAUGGAUACCAGUACAGAGUGGUAUUACUUUCACACCUUCGGUACCAGAUAUAAAACUACAUUUGUUCCAUAAUUCGUGCUGUUAAGGACAAAUUCAGGUAGUGAAGUAUGUCAUAAUUUUUUUUAAGUAAUGGAUGAGCAAAUUUUGAACUUUCGAAAAAGCCAUCUAUUUGUUCCAAUACCGCUUCCUUAAGUUUUGCAAGUCUCCAUGAAAAUCGCCAAGAAAGCUCCAUAAAAUCGCCACCAGUUUACACCAGUGACUUUUUAAAAUCCCAAAAUAGCAGCUCUUGAUCUUGCACAACAAAAUGGUCCAUAGGGGAUGAGCCUUAACGUGUUUAACUCCUGACUUGUACUUUGUUUUGUUUUAGUUUUAUUGAAGACUUUUUCCAGCUGAAGGGUGUGACUUUAAGUGAAGAGGACAAAAGAGCAUAUAAUCAUGACCUGUAUAUGAAUAAUCUUCCCGAAAAAGAUGUUUAUAUUAACCUUCUCAAGGCUGCAGGUUUCACGGAUAUUCAGGUUGGUCUCACAAAAACUUUCUAUUUGGGUAAUAGUGAAUUUACACAACCAGUGGGUAAAGGAAAGAAGAUGGCAAACGUUGAACCAGACUUAACCUUCGUUUAAACAGACGUUUUUGCAAAAGACCAGAAAACAUUAAUUUUAAGUGAAGGUCAUGGACCAAAACAUGCAAGUCAUAGCCCUGUCACAUUGUCACACACUUGUAAAUGUUUUGCCAUCCUCUACUUUCCGCCAAUCUGUUGUAUUAACUCACUAAUAAUGUUAAUAGGACUGAGUGAGGUCAAACUCGGUCUGUGAUGACUCAUUGAGUACAGGGGCAUGAUCCAUUCAACCAAAAUUUCCGCAAAUUUCAGUCCAAAACUCAAUGGAUCGGUUCGGUCCAACCAGAAAAGUUUCGAAAAAACAAAAUGUGGACCACUUUUCUCAGUCGGACCAGUCUGAUUGAAAAAUGACCAUUCCAUUCAACCAUUCUGACUCAUUCUUAUUCCCAGUGCCUCACUGUUCGUUACAUCCUGGGUCAGUUUACCCAGCUGUUAUGGGAGGGUAGGGGUGUAAUAUAACAAGUCUUUUUAGGGAGGACAAUAUGUUUAGUGUGUUAAUUUCAUGCUUUGUGUAUCCCAUGAUGGUAAUCUAGGGUGGUUACUAUUUACACAAACCACCCGGGUGGAAAUCUUCUGCAUAAACAUAAAACUGCAAAAUUUGACGCGGUGGGAGAACGUACCUUUACAAAGUAGCAUCCAAAUCAACUGAACAGACUAAAAUGAGUAGAAAAAUUGCAUUGCCUAAAAUCACAGCCUAUUUUUGCUAAAGCUUCUCAAACGGAAUGGCGCAAACCAUUUGAUUUUCCAACCGGAAUGUCUGGUUUUUCGAUGUAAAUGGUAAGCAACCUAAUCAUUGAUAUAAUUAUAAUGUAUAGAUAAAUAUACACAAAAAAAUUGAAUAAUGUUUCUGCAGUAGUAAAAGUGGAACACAAUCCAAAUACAAGUCCCUUAUGGAUGAAUGUGAAUGACCAUUCUUGAAUGUUUCGUCAGUCGCUAAGUCACUGUGGAGAGGUUAAACUGACAGUUGGGGAUGGGCCUCAGUGGCUGUUGCCACGUAGGGAUGUUUAAACAAAAUUCAAUGUAUGGACUGUCUGCAGUCCGACAAAAUAGUGGUUGUUUGUGGAGGUGGCUGUUUGUGGAGGUUCAACUGUAUUUGUGUGUUUUUGUCUUUAUUUUGUAUGCCCUUGAUGCUCAAACUUUUUUUUGUUUAUACUCAGUUUGAAGAUCAAACCGCAAUGUUCCUGUCCUUCGUUUCAAAACGACACGUGGAUUUCAGCGAAAAAAAAGAUCGUCAUGUUCGAGUCAUUGGCCAAGAUGCAUUUGAUAGUUUGCAGUAUUUCUACACAGCGGUGAAAAGUGUAUUUGAGAAAGGACUCACUGGGGGAUGUCGCAUUAUAGCAACCAAACCAGCACUGAAUUAACUAAAGAGAAUUAUCAGUUAUGGACACUAUAAAGCGAUUUCGUUGACAGUAAUUAAGGUGAUUAUAUUUUAAUGUGAUUUCUGACUGUCCUGGUAAGUUAAAGAUUUUACUGUAUGUUGUUUAUUCGUCUCCCAGCCUGAGAUGCAUAAACUUUAUUAACCCUUUAAGCCACAACAUCGACAUACAAAUUCUCUAUACAUUUCCUUAUAGAAUAUGUUAAGAGAAUUUGAUAAAAGACCAAGGCAUUUCGUCUUUGGUGAUCAUUUUAUUGAUUCUCAUAACCUAAUCUGUUGACACUGUAUGGAUAUCGUUAGGAGAAAAUUGAUGUUGGUCACCAUUAAGAAUUAAAGGGUUAAAGUCCCCUAAAGGCAGUGUUCACACUAAGUUUCCUCACACGAGACCUGAGAACUUUGUUCCUGGACUCUUAUGUGAAUGCACCUUCUUUUUUCAAGUAGACCCAUACCCAAAUUCGGCCAUGAUGGUCCCAGUGACUUUGUACUUUGUUUUCACUGUGGCAAAAAAUUAGAAUAUACAUAUAAUAUGUAAUACAUGCAAAAAUCUUGAAGCUUCAAACUUGAUACCAGUAUAGUUUCUGGAUCCUGGAUCUGAAACAAUGGUCUCGGUAAGACUGUUAUGCAUGAGGUUCGUUUUCACAAUCCUUAGCAGUCAGUUCCCUCAAAAUACAAAUAUAGAAGUUCAUGAAAGACAUUCUCAAAUAUUCAGGAACUGAAGUACGCCCGAAAACGUUUAUAUGCCUUGAUAAGUUCAAAACGAAUGCAAAGUAUGUAAAGAACCUAUUCACAAUACCCUGG